AUGUUAGAGACCAUUGGCAAACGACCCACCUCUUUACGACCUUCAAUGGGCUCUAUGGCUGAUGCCCCAUUAGCCAGAGGCCCACCACCACCCCCAAAUAUCCUUGCCGCUGCUUUUGUGCCUGAUAAACAUAAUGACAGUGACAAUGAGGAUCCACAAGAACAGGAGCCUUUGGGCACUGACUUACCACACCCAGAUCCACCAGCCUGGGCUGAACUACCAGUCCCUGAACCACCAUCCCUCCACCCACUCUCCCUCCCACGCCUCUGUAUUGCCUCAGCAAAUAUACAAGGUGCAAUGAGUAAUGAGCAGAAAUUGCUAGAGUUUGAACAACUCGCAAAAGACAAUACUGUGAACAUUGUGUUCAUCCAGGAGUUCCAAGGUGCAGCUGACCCAUCUACAUGCCUACAGGGAGCAUUCAAUAGCUUUGUCUGCUCAGCACCUGCCCCCACUACUACAUGA